AUGAAACAUAAUAUUUUAAUUUUGUUUAUACAACUGUUACACACAACUAGAUUGGGAUCGUCUACAAUUUCAAAACAGCUAUUGAGUUCUCCAGUCGGUCCUUACCAAUUAGUCAUCAGACAAGUUUAUAAUUGCAAUCCUACGAAGAACAAUACAAUCCAGCAUUAUACGUAUAUAAGUCACAGGGCCAAUACAACAUGGUUGCUUGGAAAUUCAACCCUCGAAGCACCUCUUGACGACACAUUAUUCUUGGAAAUAAAAUUGGCUGUCAAAGAUUCACUUGGAAAUUGGAAGGAAAAUGUACUAUCGCAUAAAAUACCAAAUGCUUGCACAUCAAUAAAACGAUUAUUGGGAAGCGUUUGGACAGUGUAUAUGAAUGGGUCUGGUAGUAAAAAUACCAAAUGUCCUAUACUUCCGGGUAUUUACACAUAUCCAGGGAUUGAUACAUCAAUUUUUAAGGACUCGAAUCUGCCAAAAACAUUUUUUUAUGGAACAUUCAAAUUCUAUGUGUAUUACACUCGAAAAAAUGAAAUAUACGGCUGCCAAGUUUUCAUUAUAGAAACUAAGAAACAUCCUUGA